GUUGCGAUUCUUCCUCUACCUUCACUCUCCCUCCCUAACCUUUCACUUCACAUACUCUCUCCCUCCUGUCUCCUCCCUCUACCUCCCCAAGUUCUCCCUCCAAACCACCCAAAAUGGCGACUCCGAUCCCCCCGCCGCAAAUCCGGCAAACCAUCGACCUCCUCAUCAACAACCUGAUCAACAUCCACGACCAAACAGGCGAAUUCCUGCUGCACCUGCCCGACGGACGGAUCAUCGACACCAAGUCAUGGCACGGAUGGGAAUGGACGCACGGGAUUGGGCUGUACGGGAUCUGGAAAUACUACGAGCUGACGGGCUCCGAAACGCACCUGCAGACACUCCGCGACUGGUUCGCGGCGCGGUUCGCAGAGGGCGGAACCACCAAAAACAUCAACACGAUGGCAGUGUUCCUGCCGCUGGCGUACCUGUACGAGACCACACGCGACAUCACCUACCUCCCCUGGCUGGACGCCUGGGCCGAGUGGGCAAUGCACGAGCUGCCGCGCACGCGCCACGGCGGCAUGCAGCACAUCACGUACCUAACCGAGAACCACCAGCAGCUGUGGGACGACACACUCAUGAUGACCGUGAUGCCGCUGGCCAAGAUCGGCAAGCUGCUGGGCCGGCCCCAGUACAUCGCCGAGGCCAAGCGCCAGUGUCUGCUGCACCUGCAGUACCUGUUCGACGCGCGCACGGGGCUGUUCUUCCACGGCUGGCAGUUCCACGACCAGGAAGAUGCAGGCGGAAAAGUAGGCCAUCAUUUCGCCGAGGCGCGCUGGGCGAGAGGCAAUAGCUGGAUUACGAUGGUCAUUCCCGAGAUCGUGGAGCUGCUGGAGCUAGACGAGCACGACCCCAUCCGCGUGCAUCUGCUGAGCGUGCUGGAGGCGCAGUGCGCGGCCCUCAGGAGGCUGCAGGAAUCCGACGGCUUCUGGCAUACCUUGCUGGACGUCAAGGACUCGUACGUCGAGGCUUCUGCCACGGCCGGGUUCGCGUACGGCAUCCUGAAGGCCGUCCGCAAGAGGUAUCUGGGCAAGGAGUAUCGCGUGGUGGCCGAGCGCGCCAUCCAGGCCGUUGUCGGCGCCGUUGACGCCAAGGGCGAGCUGCAAAAUACCAGCUUCGGCACGGGCAUGGGCGACAGUCUGCAAUUCUACAAGGAUAUCCCACUUACGGCGAUGCCGUACGGGCAGGCGAUGGCCAUCAUGGCCCUGGGCGAGUACCUCCGGGGGACGCUGUAUUAGAUCUAUAGAAGCAAGCGUGGCAUACAUGGUAUAUAGAGGC